AUGUCUCAGUGGAAUCAAGUCCAACAGCUGGAAAUCAAGUUUUUAGAGCAAGUAGAUCAAUUCUAUGAUGAUACUUUCCCCAUGGAAGUUCGACAUCUCCUGGCCCAGUGGAUCGAAGGCCAGGAUUGGGAAGCAGCUUCAAACAACGAGACCAUGGCAACAAUUCUCUUACAAAACCUACUGUUGCAAUUGGAUGAGCAGUUGGGGCGAGUCGCCCAAGAGAAGAACCUGCUUUUAAUACAUAAUUUAAAAAGAAUCAGGAAACUGCUUCAGGGGAAAUACCAUGGAAAUCCUAUGCAUAUAGCAGUAGUUAUUUCCAAUUGUUUAAGAGAAGAAAGAAGAAUAUUGGCUGCAGCUAGCAUGCCUGUACAGGGACCCCUGGAAAAGUCUUUGCAAAGCUCUGUGGUUUCUGAAAGGCAAAGAAAUGUGGAACACAAAGUGGCUGCCAUUAAAAAUAGUGUACAGAUGACAGAACAAGAUGCCAAGUAUUUAGAAGAUUUGCAAGAUGAAUUUGACUACAGAUAUAAAACAAUACAAACCAUAGACCAAGGUGAUAAAAACAGUGUUCUUGUGAAGCAGGAAGUUAUGACAUUGCAAGACAUGCUCAAUACAUUAGACUUCAAAAGAAAGGAAGUCCUUAGCAAAAUUACACAAAUAAUAAGUGAAAUUGACACCUUAAUGAACACCAUGCUGCUGGAAGAGUUGCUUGAUUGGAAGAGGCGUCAGCAAAUUGCCUGCAUUGGCGGUCCCUUGCAUAGUGGCCUUGAUCAGCUUCAAAACUGUUUUACCCUGUUGGCAGAAAGUCUUUUCCAAGUCAGAAGGCAGCUGGAAAAGCUAGAUGAACAAUCCACCAAAGUGUCAUAUGAAGGUGAUCCUAUUCCAUUACAAAGGUCUCAUUUGCAAGAACGAGUCAACUUCUUGAUUUACAACCUUUUCCGAAACUCAUUUGUGGUCGAACGACAGCCGUGCAUGCCAACUCACCCCCAGAGACCUCUGGUACUUAAAACUCUCAUACAAUUCACUGUGAAACUAAGACUUCUGAUUAAAUUGCCAGAAUUGAACUAUCAGAUAAAAGUUAAAGCAACUAUUGACAAGAAUGUUUCAACUGUAAGCAACCGUAGAUUCAUCCUUUGUGGAACACAUGUCAAAGCCAUGAACAUGGAAGAAUCUUCUAAUGGUAGUCUCUCAGUGGAAUUUCGACACUUGCAACCAAAGGAAAUGAAGUCCAGCGCUGGAGGCAAAGGAAAUGAGGGUCCUCACAUGGUAACUGAAGAGCUUCAUUCUAUAAGCUUUGAAACACAGAUCUGCCUGUAUGGCUUGACCAUAGACUUGGAGACCAAUUCAUUACCUGUUGUGAUGAUUUCCAACGUUAGUCAAUUACCUAAUGCUUGGGCUUCUAUAAUUUGGUACAAUUUAUCCACCAAUGACUCUCAGAACUUGGUUUUCUUUAAUAAUCCUCCAACGGCUGCUUUAAGUCAGUUAUUAGAGGUGCUGAGCUGGCAGUUUUCAUCGUAUGUUGGACGAGGUCUCAACUCAGACCAACUCAAUAUGCUGGCUGAGAAACUCACAGCAUCACAAGCUAGCUACAGUGAUGGUCAGCUUUCUUGGGCCAAGUUCUGCAAGGAGCACUUACCUGGCAAAGCAUUUACUUUUUGGGUAUGGCUUGAAGCAAUCCUGGAUUUAAUAAAAAAGCACAUUCUUCCUCUUUGGAUUGAUGGGUAUAUAAUGGGCUUUGUAAGCAAGGAGAAGGAGCGAGUUUUGCUUAAGGAUAAGAUGCCAGGAACAUUUUUAUUAAGAUUCAGUGAAAGCAACCUUGGAGGAAUUACCUUUACUUGGGUGGAUCAAUCAGAAAAUGGAGAAGUUAGAUUCCAUUCUGUAGAGCCCUACAAUAAAGGCCGUUUAGCGGCUCUGCCAUUUGCUGACAUUCUUCGAGACUACAAAGUUAUUAUGGCUGAAAAUGUCCCUGAAAACCCACUGAAGUAUUUAUAUCCUGACAUUCCCAAAGAUAAAGCAUUUGGUAAACACUACAGCUCUCAGCCAAAUGAAGUUUCAAGACCUACAGAAAGAGGAGACAAGGGUUAUGUUCCCUCUGUAUUUAUCCCCAUCUCAACAAUCCGAAGUGAUUCUACUGAGCCACGCUCUCCAUCGGACCUUCUUCCCAUGUCUCCAAGUGUAUAUGCAGUGCUGAGAGAACACCUGAGCCCCACAGUCAUUGAAACUGCUAUGAGCUCUCCAUAUUCUGCUGACUGAUGAGAUUCUCUUUGCUGCCUAAAAGAACAAGAAAGCUAAAAAAUACAUGCUAUUUUCUAAAAUGCAUCUACAUAUAUUUUUCAAUAGAAACUAAAAAGGAUUUCUAAUGCUCCAUAAAUAAAGAUUUCCUGGAAAUGUCUGAGGUAUAGAAAUCUUCCCACCAAUAUGGUUCCCUGUUUGGUAGCAGCAUACUUGAAAUUUUGAAAAGAAAAAACUUCAGAUAUGCAAGUGAGAUAAGAUAAUUUUAGGAAACCAGGGUAUUGAUACUGUAAGUCGAUCUCGGUAGUUUUAUAUGCUAUGCACUUAUUUUGGCUUCUUAUUUCUCACAUCAACUAAUCAUCAAGCAUUUCUCUAGAUCUUGCCAUGUGCUAGGCACUGUGCUAAGCACUGAAGGCAAACAAAAAUGAGACAAAUCUUGUCCUAAAGGAAUUUAGAAUUACCUCCUGUCUAGCACAUCUAUUGGUCCAGGUAUUUCAAUGUCUGUUUGGGUUAUUCACCAUUCUCUACUCUGCAGAAACUCCAAAUUUUAUGAUUUUCUGACUAGAAAUUUCUCAGUUUCAUGACUUCAGAAUAGGGGCAGUUUUUCAAUGGCCUAUCCUCAUGCUUGUACUAAAUCUGAUUACAGUUUUUGCUUAUUUUUAGAACAAGAACUACAACUUGUAGUUGUAGGAUAGAAUAAAUAUAGGUUAUGGUUCAGCCCCUCAUCUAAGAUAAAUUUUUAUUGUAUUUAGACUCUGACAGUCAAUGCAGUUAUGCUUUUAAUUCAAAGAUAAAGAGCUAUUUGCUAAAUCGGUGCUUUCAAAGGUCCAGAAGUCCUCUAUGCAGGAUGUCUCCAAUAUCUCUACUGGAGGGGAUUUCCUGAUUACACCAGGAGCACAUAGUGAUUCAACUUGGAAUGUGGUGGGAGAUGCAUUUGGCCCACAUUUCUUCCAAGCCCUAUCAGGAUUUCUGGUUCUAAAAGGUUAAAUAUGGGGGUAGUGAUCAGAAUCAGCCAUUCCAUCUAUUUGGAAGAGUUUGAGAGAAGAAGAAACAAAAACAUAAAAAUGAAGUUUAUAUUUUAAAGGUUAAUCCUACCCUUGCCUCCACACCCCCUAUUAUAAUUCAAUCUAGCAAUUUCUUUGUGUUUUUUUUUUUACUUGUACAAUCCAUGAAAAAAAAUGUUAACUCUUUUUUUUGUAAUAACUUAGUUGGAAUUUCUAUGUAGGUAUUCUGAGGGAAGAGGGAUAAUUUCUCUAGGGAUUCAUGACACAGACAUCAAUGUACAUAUUUUCCUUAUCUUUGUAAUAUAUAUUUUCAAAUAGAAAUAAAAUAUUUUUGUUUUGAAUACA